UCAAUUAUAUUCUCAUGUCUGUUCUUCCCCAGUCCCAAUCUGUCUGUCAGUGUGUUUCUUGUGUUUCCUGUUUUAUUUUGAUAGUCCCUUGUCCUGUGUUUAUUGUAUUCUGUUUUGCUUCCUCUCUGUCUAUUCGGUUAGAUCUGUUCCAGCAAUGUUUCACUUCUUUUUCCUUUGUGUAUUUAGUCCUCUGUCUUCCUCUGCGUGUUGUUGUGUCGUCCUCCUUAUAAUUCCAAGUUCUAUGUUCCAGUUUCCUAGUUUUAGUUCCUUGUUUAUAGUUUUUGGCUUAGUUUCUUGUAUUUAGUUUUCAGUCUAUUCAGUUUAGCAUUAAACCAGAGGCUUGUGCUAACCUAACCAAAAUAUUAUUCCCUUAUCCAAAAACUAAUUAUGUGAUGGAUCACUAAUGCCUACUAAAUGAAGCAUUAGUGAUCCAUCAAGAUCUAAAAUUCAUAGGUCUGUUUGAACUAUAAGCGGUCUUGCUUUGCAAGAUCAAAAACAAACACUGCUUAAGUGGUGCUUAGGGGCUAUGGCAGUUUUAGGUGAUAGAAAUUCGGUAAUGGUAACUGUAAACUUAUCUGAAAAUGCAAUGCGUGGCUUGAGAUGGAUGGAAAAUUGACAGACGUUUUCUGCAGCUUUGUUAAGUUGCUGUCUUUUUCCAUCUCAGGGCUUUUUUUGCUAAUAACAUUAAUAAAAACUUUACUAAUUUAUGCCUUUAUAGCCACAAAGUAAAUAUAGGUCAGUUAGCCAGCUAGCUUAUCUGAGCACAAAGCGCAGAAGAAAGCAGCUAGCAGUUGCCUGCAUGUACUUCUGAAACUCAUUACAUAAUGGUAAAUACGCUAAUUUAAAUGUGGAUGUUAUUAGUUUCUUACAGUCACAUGACAUGUUGCCCGCUGUUCUCAACGCAUGUUAUUUUAAUGCUGCCUUUGAGCAAAAAGCCUAAAGAUAAAAAAUACACUGUCUACCACCACUGUGGUAGACAGUCCAUUAUAGCAAGGUUAAAUGGAAAUCUCUGGAGAGUGUUAGCUCAGUGUAUAUGUACUUUUGUGUCACAGGAGAUGACAAAGUUAAAUUCAGAACUGUUGGAGACGCAGUGGGUUGAAAAUAACUUUUUCUUGGGUGUUUUCAAAUGAUGGCGACUGGAUGAGAAAAUCUCAGUAAUAUAAUGGGUUAAUGUCUUAAUGUCAUACUUCUAUGACAAGCAUAUGAAACAGGCUCAUUAAUUUACAGUCUCCAUUAUAAAUGGACCAUGUAGUUAGUCUAGAGUGAUUAGUUUCCAGGGCAACUUCAAUAGUUUUUUUUUUAACUUGCGACUUUUUGUUUCAAGACAAUGUGCAAUCAAUUCUGAAGCACUCUUAACUAAUUCUAUCAAGUGAGAUUAAUAUUACCUGUGAUGAUGAGGUGUUAUGUACUGAAAGCAAUUCGUGACACUUCAUGAACAAGUGUGACUUGAUGAAUGCUACAGCAUAUUCUUAUUAAUUCAAAUAAUGGUUUUAACUUUCGUGUUUAGAAAUAAAAUGCUCAGCAAUAGUUUAUUCAACUUUAAGGUGAACGGUGGUGACUCCAAGAGCAUAAUCGGCUUUUUCAGACAUGUAAUGUAUAAUGCUGUUCACCUUAGGUACUUUUGUCAAUACACAGUGAUUUUUACAGUUAGGUUGUCCUUCUUCACACAUCAUUUGCUGACCCUGAUCUACACUAUUACGGAAUGCUACUCUUUCCCAAGAAAAGAGCAUUUACUUUUCAGGUUUUCAGUAUGAAUCAGCACGUAGGAGUAGAAGCUUGUCUUCAAGGUCAUCACACAGGUGAAUUUACUACACUGACUGAAUCUGUAGCUUUUACCCCCAACUGGUGACCAAGAGCUGUUGUCAGCUGCUUUUCUGAAGAGUUUAUACACCACAACUGUGUGUUGUCUUUUUAAGAUAUUUGUCCACACAUCAUUCUGUUUGAAUCCAUAUGUAGCCUUUGAUGGCAAACAAGUAUUUCAUCUUAUUCAUGUUUUUUGAUUGCGAUUAUGUUCCCCAGAAAAUCACCAAGAGUCAGGAUAAACCAAGUGACACUUUGAGGACAGCAUUUUACUCACAUUUGCUGAGUAAAGACAUCUAAAAAUAAAAAGUUUGUGCUUGCGUGGGUUCUGUCUGUGUAACUACUCCUCCCUCCCAUGUGUUAGGUUAUCUGGUAAGUCUAAAUUAGCCUUGGCUGUGAAUGUGGAAUAUUUUUGAUUUUUUUUAGCCUUGCAAAGGAUUGGCAGUCUCUCCAGGGUGGACCCCACCUAUUGCCCUAAAAUAGCUGAUACUGUGUAGGAUUCAGCCUCCCCACAACUUUGAACUGAACAAAUGAACGAAGAUGGAUGGAAGGAAAAAUGACCUUUUAAGGACUGCGCCGUAAACAUCUUUCAAUUUCAUUACAAAUGUGUCUUUUCAAAGAUGAUGUGAUUGCAAAAAAAGUAUCUUUAAGCAUUAAUGCCAGACAAAACUGAACUUCAUAGUCAAUGAAUGUGAACCUUUUGAAUUGUUUCCAUUCCAUUUAUAACAUCAACGCAAACCAGCAAGCUGGUAAGUAUGUUCCCAUCUAUUGUUGAGUAGCAGAAGUUAUUUUGCAGAUUUGAAUUACUUUGUUAAGAUUCAUUCAGCGCCAGGACUGGGCUUGUAUAACUUUUCAAUUGCACUUCAGUACAUUUGUAUGUCAGUAUUCAGUCUGGAUAUUCAUUCAGGUUAACCGUCCUUGUUGGAUGGAUCAUCAUCAUUAUGGAUGUACAGAGGGGUAUUUAUUUUCUCACCAUCACACAAAGAAUAAGGACUAACCCUACAUGCGAUGAAUACCGAACAACUUAAAGCAGCUUGUUACUUUUCUUUGAACAUGGUAGGUGAUAACUUAAAAACUGUAACUGUAAAAGGUUUAUUAGGUAAGCUUAAUAUUUAACCUAUCGUUGCAUUACAUUGGUCUCAGGACUCUCAAUUCAAUGUGUCUACAUAUGCCACCUAACCAAAGAUCAUGACUUUAAAGGUUUUAAUUAGUGCGUAAAUUUGGCGUGGUUUAUGCAACUAAUUGUGUAUGCAGAUGAGAAUUAAGGACUUUGUGAUACAGGCCUCUGAAUGUAAACAGAAGAAAAAAUACAUGCUUACCGAACGUGAUUACAGGAGUGGAGGAGGUUUCACUUCUGCAGUCAGAAUUCACUCUGCAGAUGUGAAAUGGUUUCAGAAAGUUCCACAGUUGCUUGACCUUCCAGGGCUCACAGAUUCAUGAGGCAGUGCUAUUGAUUUAAACAGGUGUAAAGGCCUUUCUCCUGCUGAGGAAAUUUAAUCAUGUCAGAGGGCCACCGGGUUAUUGCACAAGACACUGUCACCAGCGCUAUAGGACACUUUUAUGUCAGGGGCCUAGACAAUAUUAAUUUUACUUUCACCUUAUAUUGUGCAGAAGAAGCGGUCUGGAGAUCCAAAGCAGAUUCCCGAGAGAAAACCACCAAAACUAAAGCACCCAAAAAAGAGAUUAAUAAGAACAUUUUAUUCUUGGAAGUAUCUUUGAAGUUUUCGAAUGGGUCCCGAAUUCACAUUCUGAUCAUUUUUCUGAUUUAAUAUGUUCAGGAUCUGUGCUCAUCCUCUCUGACAAAUCCAGUGAUGAAGUUCUUUACUCUGUUGACUAAGCCCAAUUAAGUUAAAAAAAUUAAAUAACCAAAACAAUCCUGUGUUUAAUUUCAAUUAACUUAAAGCACGCUUCCACAGAAUCUAAAUCAAAGUGUAAAAUUUCUUAUAUAAACCUCAAUGUUUUAUACAAACAGUAGCAGUUAUACUUCAAAGUCAUUUCAGGUCUACACUGUGUGUGUGUGUGUGUGUGUGUGGUGUGAACUCAUAGGUGAGCAUGCUCAGACUAAUUUCAAUCCCUUUUGUGAAUGGCUGAUUAUCACAAUCUGUAGAUUAAGUCUGGGGCAGCUUUAAGUCUGUCAGAGUGAGAAAAAGACCAAAAGACGAGGGGAAGGCGUCAGCAUGGCCCAGAAAAACAAUUUUCAGUUCUCCAUCAGGGAAUAUAGACCUUCAGAUCAACAUGUGGUCAUGUCACUAUUUAAGGAUGGGAUUUUUGAGCAUGUUUACCCAGCCUUUUUCAAGGCCAUGAGCCAUCCAGACCAUAUUGGUGUUGCUCUGAGCAUUUCGAUGGCUGGUUAUGUGCUUGGAGGCAGCUCCUACUUCCAAGCUCUACUGUUUGGCAGUGCAUGGGCUGGCCUCAUUUAUUAUUGCUGCCAUGAUAUCUAUGAGGGCUACAUGAUGAGGAGGCAAAGCGCAGAUAUGGCCGACAUUCAGGCCAGCUACCUGGAAAACCCAGAUAACGGCUUCUGGGUAGCAGAGACAGACAUCAAUGGCCAAUCCAAGGUGGUAGGAAUGGUGGGAGUGACUGGAAAAAGCGGAGAGGAAGAAGGCGAAAGGUUUGAAGACUGGAAUGGCGGAGUGACGGGAGGAGGCUCUGAGUUGGCUCAAGAUGCCGGGGAUGGAAGUUAUGGUGAGAUGUGUCACAUGGUCGUGGCAUUUUCGUGGCGCCGCAAAAACUUGGGCUCGCAGUUGACACGGAAGGCUUUGGAUUUCUGCAAAGAGAGAGGCUUCGGCCGUCUCAUCCUGGAUGUGAGCUCUCCACAGACAGCAGCCAUUUCCCUGUUCGAGAAAGCCGGCUUUGUGCAAACCUCAUCCCAUCGCAACACGCAUGCCAACCGCUGGUUCUCCAACCUCGCCAGAAUAAAUGUGAUGCGAAUGGAGAAGUUAAUUUAAAGAUAAAAUUUAAUCUAGCGAGCAGCUAUUAGAACCUAAAAUGUACAGCAUAUCAUGAAUAUGUCACUUAAUUUAAUCUUGUACCAUCAUUGGAAAAAACUCUCUGUGUGAUAUUGGUCACUGGUUUCUCAAAUUUGCUAUCAUGGUAGUUUGAAAAAUAUAUUAAAUUUCAUGUUUUUUUCCACAAAGCAGGAUUAACGAUCUCAGUUUCCUCGUAUUUCUUCUCGCUUUGAUCUAUUAUGUAUACACCUGCACCCCUGACAGUCUGUUUCCCACAAACAUAGAGAACAAUGAGACAAUUAGUCAACUUCUCAAACUUAGUUAAAUGAACGUAUUUGCGUAUGCAAGUCUAGUACACCCCAGUAAGUUUCUAUUAAAAGAAUUUAUUGUAUUUUAAACGUAGUCACGUUCAAUUAUCUAUUGUUCUCCUGUCCACUAAGGAAUAUAAAAAUGUAUGUGAGAAAGGAGAAGUGUAGUCAUUUGGAAGCAGGAGAACUUUCUUUUAAGCCUCUUUCCAGGGAGAGGCUGAAUCCCUCUGCCUCAGAGGAAUUAAUGCCAGCUGACUUCUAAGACCUCACAACUCUUUGCUUAAAAUACCAAUGAAAAAUGCAAUAGUAUCAGGACAUUGGGAGGUUUAAAAUUCUUUGGAGCUAAAAGAGCUGUGAGUGUGUGGCAUAAAAAUAGGAUAAAGACUUUGGUAUACUGCAGUGCAUUCAGGUCAUUGUACACACGGCAAAUACUGAGAUUAUCAACACCAAACAAUAGAGAAAAAGUUUAACUGUUUCUUUAUAGGUGGUCCUAUGGUAUGUGCGUGUAUGGGAGGAGGGAUUGGGUGAAUCCAGGUGGAAAACCCAUGGAAAUUUUUCUUUUAUAAAAUAAAAAAUGUGAUUGUUGACUCUGAAA